AUGGUGAAAGUAGCAGUUGUAGGUGCAUCGGGCGGUAUCGGACAACCUUUGUCGUUACUGCUGAAAUUAAAUCCGUACGUAUCGGAGCUCGCGCUAUACGACGUGCGGCUCGCCAAAGGUGUGGCCCAGGACCUAUCUCACAUAAGCACCAAUGCUGAGUGUCGGGGCUACGACAAGGAAGAGAUCGGGCAAGCGCUUAAGGGAGCGCAGGUAGUGCUUAUUCCCGCCGGGGUUCCACGGAAACCAGGGAUGACCAGGGACGACCUUUUCAAGAUCAAUGCUGGCAUCGUGCGCGGCAUCUGCAGCUCGAUCGCUCAAUACUGUCCAUCGGCGCGGGUGCUUGUCAUCUCGAACCCCGUUAAUUCCACGGUGCCCAUAGCCGCCGAGACUCUCAAAGCCGCGGGAUGUUUCAGCGCGGGGAACGUCAUGGGGGUCACCACGUUGGACGUGGUGCGUGCGGAGACUUUCUUGGCCGAUUAUCUCAACGCGUCAAAACGGGGCGGAUUGACGCGUCAGUUCGAUAAGACUCGUAUGCAGAAGGAUGUUACGGUUAUUGGCGGACAUUCAGGGACCACCAUUGUUCCGGUGUUGCUCGGCUCGUCUCUAAACGCGGCGCUUGGCGCAGAGUAUGGAAAGUUUGUACACCGUGUGCAGUUUGGUGGGGAUGAAGUUGUCAAAGCCAAGGAGGGUGCAGGCUCGGCUACUCUGUCGAUGGCUUUGGCAGGCUACAGGUUUGCUGAACAAGUCUUGCGUAGUAUUCAUCGUGAAUCAACCGAUCCACUACCUGCUUUUGUUUAUCUGCCCGGCCUGGAGAACGGAUCUGCCGCGCAGAAAAAAUUAAAAGAUACGGUGGAUUACUUCGCUUUGCCCAUUACGCUAGUGGACGGACGUGCGGCUAAGGUCGAUUCGACCGUGCUUGACAGGCUGAGUGCGCAGGAGCACCAGCUAGUUGAGAGAGCCGUGCUUGAACUCUCAACUAGUAUUCAGAAGGGCACUGGUUUUGUCGUCGGCGGUUCCAAGUUGUGA